AUGACGAUCUUCGAGAACCCUUCAAGUUCGACCGUCGUCCAGGAAGUUCCUUCCCACUCGGACAUAUCGACUUGCAAAGGCUCCGAGAAGCGCUCUUUCAAAGCCAGGCUGAAACAGUUCUGGCUGGGGGAGAUCGAUGUCCGAUGGACGGACCUGAUUCUGCUGGCCUGCACCUUCUCCAGCGGUCUCAUUGACGGGCUUGCAUUCAACGCCUGGGGAAAUUAUGUCAAUAUGUACACCGGCAACACCAUCUUCAUCGCCCUCGCCAUCUCAGGUAAACCAGACUACUCCCAUAAGCUCUGGAUCAGGGCAGCUGUUGCCGUCGUCAGCUUCCUCGUCGGCAACAUCUUCUUCAUCCACUAUGGUCGGCUCCUUGGUCCCCGUCGCCGCAUAGCUGUCGUCAGCUCCUUCGCCAUACAGACCAUAUUCCUGCUCAUCACAGUACUUCUCGUCGAAGGACGAAUUAUAAGUCCGCAGCCAGACCGCUUCGAGCCCAUCAACUGGAUUCAGACCGUUGCGAUCGCCCUGAUGUCAUUUCAGGGCGCUGGCCAGCUGGUGGCGUCGCGCUUUCUCACUGUCCCUGAGAUUCCCACUGUCGUGCUGACGGCGCUCGUCGCGGACCUGCUCAUGGACCCCUUGCUAUAUCAGCGUUCGUGGGGAUCCAACAUCAGGCGGAACCGGAGGGUUGGCGCCAUCUUGACCCAUUUCGCGGGAGCCACUGCUGCCGGUGGGAUGAUCAAGCACACUGGGCUGACAGGGGGGUUAUGGCUUUCCGUAGCCCUCAAGGCGACUAUCACGUUGACGUUUGUCGGGUGGAGUGAGAAACCCCCUGUGCCUCCGAAGAACGUCGUGUAG